AUGUCUGAUGUUGGUACUGAUCCAAAUAGCCUCUAUUACUCUUAUAUAAACCAUAAUCAACACCAUAUUGCGUAUUUGGUCACAUUGUCUUCGACUUUGGAGGAUUUGAAGUUCACCAUUUAUAGAGAUCAGCUCUUCCAUGGUGGUGUUGAAGCUGUUCGUCUAGCAUGCGAAAAAUAUUGUUUGAGGACAGGAUAUAAGGUGAUAAAAAAGAACAAUGAUUCUUCAAGAUUCACGGCCAAAUGCAGCAAGGAUGGGUGCUCUUGGAUGCUUCAAAAUGUCGCCAUUAACAAGUCUUUGGAUAUUUUCAAGAUAAAGAAAUAUGUUGGGAGGCACAAUUGUGGUGGUAGUUACAUCUUGAGGAGUCCUACUGUUUCAAGAAAUCUUGUAAAUGAUUUAGUUUAUGAGUGUGUCAAGCAUAACCCUCUCAUUAAGCCUCAAGAGAUUAUUGACUAUAUUAAAGUUAGUGGGGGGAUAAACAUCAAGUAUCACCAUGCGUACCAUGGAUUAGAACUGUCACAUCAAUUGAUUUUUGGAAAUGAUGUAAAGCCAUACACUAAUCUUGUGUGGUGGGUGAAUGAUGUUAAGGAAACUACCCCUAGUUCACAUAUUGAUUUUGACUUCAAUUAUGCAACAAGCAGAUUCAAUAGACUUUGCGUUUGCUUUGGAGCUUGUAAAGAGGGUUAUAGACUUUGUCAUCCGAUGAUAUUUCUCGAUGCUACAUUUCUUAAUGGGCCCUUCAAAGGAACUCUCAUGGCCGCGACAUGUCUUAAUGGCAAUCAAGACUUUUACCCACUUGCAUAUGCCUUAGUGCCCGCAGAAAAUAAUGAAAGUUGGCUUUGGUUUUUACAAAAUCUUAAGGAAGUUGUAUACCAUCGCCCCAUCACCUUUAUGACUGACCGAGAUGAAGGGUUGGUGAGAUAUAUUCCUGAAGUUUUCACUAAUUGUUAUCAUAGCUUUUGCUUCUUCCAUUUGAAGAACAACUUACCUAUCAACAAGUCUGAUGAAAAGUACAAAGAAGUGAUCGAUUGUUUCCGUAAAGCUACGUAUGCGCUAUCUCCAGCAAGAUACGAAGACGGUCUUCAAGAAAUGGUAUAUUUGGGAAGGCCUUGGGUUGCUGAACACUGCCGCAACAUUCCUAGGGAGAAGUGGUCCAGUGCAUUCUUUCUAGGAUGUAGGUUUGGUCAGACUUCUUCAAGUGUUUUCGAAUCAUUUAAUAAUUGGAUUUCCGGCGACAAGAAGUUACCUACCUGUGCUCUCGUUGACACGAUCAGGCUACGUAUAAUGAAGAUGAUGUCAGAAAGCCGUGAAGAAAGUUCUCUGAUGAAUCCAGAACUCUUAACCCCUGUGUAUCAAUCCUUGCUUGAACUACACAUUCAGAUGGGUCGUCCUUGGAGAGUUACUCAGUCAGAUUCUCACCUCUUUGAAGUGCAUUCUCCAAGAUAUCAUAAGGUAGAUUUACAGGGAAAGAGUUGUACUUGCCAAAGAUGGAGCGUCUAUGGAUUCCCAUGCUCGUAUGUUACCGCAGCAAUAGCUGCAACUGGCGGAAGGUUUCUUCAUUAUAUCGACGACGACUUCAAAGUUAGCUGUUUUCGUGAGCUAUAUUCAUUAGCUAUUAGACAUGUUCCUAAUUAUGACAUGUACGUGUCUACACAGUACAUAUCUGUUUGUACCCUUAAUAUUCUACACCAAAAAUGGGCUAACUUAGGCCUACAAAGCUCCUCCUAUUAG